AUGAUGGACAACGACACCAAGGAAACACUCAAGAAAAUUCCAUUGCUGAAAGAAAAAGCUGGGCCAAGAGAAACUGAAGAUUGGGAAAAACGAUUAAAAGAAGAAUAUGGUGCCCUUAUUCAAUAUGUGAAAAUGACCAAGGAAAAUGAUAGUGCAUGGUUUUCAAUUCAAAGUAAUAAGAGUGGAACAAAGUGGUUCGGAAAGUGUUGGUUUAUUCAUAAUUUGCUAAAAUAUGAAUUUAAAGUCGAGUUUGAAAUUCCUGUAACAUAUCCAACAACUCCACCUGAAUUCAAAAUUCCUGAACUCAUCGGAAAGACGGCCAAAAUGUAUCAUGAUGGACGAAUUUGUCAAACUCUUCACUUCCAUCCUUUGUGGGCUCGAAACGUUCCUCAUUUUGGUAUUGCUCAUGCACUCGCUUUAGGUUUAGGACCAUGGCUGGCAAGUGAGGUUCCCGAUCUUGUCUCCAAAGAUUUAAUUCAACCAAAGGAUGCAUCUGCUGAAGAGAAAUAA